UUGCCAGAUAUCAACAUCACAGAGGGGGAAGAGAGAGAGAGGGAGAGAGAGUGAGGAGGGGAAGAGAGAGAGAGGCCUCAACUCAGAAGCCAAAGUGCUUAUCUUUCGCCUUCUCGGUAUAAAAUUUUCACACACAGAGAUCACACUCAAAACCAAACCCUAAAAUUCAAAAAAUUUGCAGACUGGAUUUACAAAAUCAUCCCCAAUUCUUCAAUUUCCAAUAAAAUCCACCAUUUCUUCUCUCAGAUCUGUUGCCUCGUUCGCCUUCAAAUCCCCCAGUUCUUCCGUUUUGCAAUAAAGAUUGAGUUGGGGUUCUUGGGUUUCGCUCAAUUUUCUAGCCAUGGCGUGCGUAAAGGGGGUGAAUCGAUCGGCCUGCGUGGCGCUGGCUCCGGACGCCCCAUACAUGGCGGCAGGGACGAUGGCCGGAGCAGUGGAUCUGUCCUUCAGCUCCUCCGCCAACAUUGAGAUCUUCAAGCUUGAUUUACAGUCAGACGACCGUGAUCUCCCGGUAGUGGGCGAGUCGACGAGCUCUGAGAGAUUCAACAGGUUGUCAUGGGCCAAGCCCACUGGAUCGGGGUCGCAAGAAUUCGGGCUUGGGCUCAUCGCUGGUGGACUUGUUGAUGGCACUAUUGAUAUCUGGAACCCACAAACUCUGAUCCGUCCGGAGGCGGGUGUAAGUGCUUCAGUUGGGCAUCUCACAAGACAUAAAGGCCCUGUUCGUGGUCUUGAAUUUAAUGCAAUUGCACCCAAUUUACUUGCAUCUGGGGCUGAUGAUGGUGAAAUUUGCAUUUGGGACUUGACCAAUCCUGCAGAACCCUCUCACUUCCCACCUCUCAAGGGUAGUGGAUCUGCUGCCCAGGGUGAGGUGUCAUUUUUAUCUUGGAAUAGCAAGGUCCAACAUAUAUUAGCAUCCACUUCAUUAAAUGGGACAACUGUGAUUUGGGACCUGAAAAAGCAAAAGCCAGUAAUAAGUUUUACAGAUUCAGUUAGAAGACGGUGCUCUGUUUUGCAGUGGAAUCCUGAUAUUGCCACUCAGCUAAUUGUUUCUUCAGAUGAAGAUGGUUCACCUUCUCUUAGGCUGUGGGAUAUGCGUAAUAUAAUGUCACCAGUUAAAGAGUUUGUCGGGCACACAAAAGGUGUAAUUGCAAUGUCUUGGUGUCCGAAUGACAGCUCCUAUCUGCUUACAUGUGCCAAGGAUAAUCGAACUAUUUGCUGGGACACAGUUUCUGCAGAGAUUGUAUGUGAAUUGCCGGCAGGCACCAAUUGGAAUUUUGAUGUGCAUUGGUAUCCAAAAGCACCUGGAGUGAUAUCGGCAUCUUCAUUUGAUGGAAAAAUUGGAAUUUACAAUAUUGAGGGUUGCAGCAGAUAUGGAGUUGGGGAAAGUGAUUUUGGUGCAGGACCUCUGAGAGCUCCGAAAUGGUAUAAGCGCCCAGUUGGGGCAUCUUUUGGCUUUGGAGGCAAGAUUGUGUCCUUUCAGCACACUUCUGCGGGUUCGGAGGUUUAUGUACACAGCUUGGUUACUGAACACAGUUUGGUGAAUCGCUCAUCGGAAUUUGAAGCUGCAAUCCAAAAUGGGGAAAGGCAUUUACUUCGAGCCUUGUGUGAGAAGAAAUCACAGGAGUCUGAAUCUGAGGAUGACCAGGAAACAUGGGGCUUAUUAAGGGUAUUGUUUGAAGAUGAUGGGGCUGCAAGGACGAAACUGAUCACUCAUCUUGGUUUCAGUAUGCCUGAGGAAACAAAAGAAGAUGCUCCAGAGGAUCUAUCACAAGAAGUCGAUGCACUUGGGCUUGAGGAUACUAUAACUGAUAAAGGGGGUCUUGGGAGUGAUAAGGAAGCCACCAUCUUUCCUUCUGACAACGGAGAAGAUUUCUUCAAUAAUCUUCCUAGUCCUAAAGCUGAUACUCCUGUGUCAACCUCUGGUGACAAAAUCUCUGUGGGGGAUACAAUUCCUGUUACGGAACAAACGGAACAAGAGUCUGAUGGACUGGAGGAGAGUGCUGACCCAUCAUUUGAUGAAUCUGUUCAACAUGCUUUAGUUGUAGGAGAUUAUAAGGGCGCUGUUGCAAAAUGCAUUUCAGCAAAUAAAAUGGCUGAUGCUUUAGUUAUUGCUCAUGCUGGUGGUUCUUCAUUGUGGGAGAGCACACGGGAUCAGUAUCUUAAGAUGAGCCAUUCGCCUUACCUUAAGAUUGUUUCUGCAAUGGUGAGCAACGAUCUCUUGAGUCUUGUCAACACCAGGCCUCUAAAGUUCUGGAAGGAAACACUUGCUCUUCUGUGUAGUUUUGCAUCCAGAGACGAGUGGACUGUGCUUUGUGAUACACUUGCUUCCAAACUUGUGGCAGCUGGUAAUACGCUGGCGGCAACUAUUUGUUAUAUAUGUGCGGGAAAUAUUGAUAAAACCGUAGAGAUUUGGUCAAGAAGUCUGACCACUGAGCAUGAGGGGAGAUCCUAUGUCGACCUCCUCCAGGAAUUAAUGGAGAAGACAAUUGUCCUUGCCUUGGCAUCUGGGCAGAAGCGGUUUAGUGCAUCUUUGUGCAAACUUGUUGAGAAAUACGCCGAAAUUUUAGCUAGUCAAGGCCUUUUAACAACAGCAAUGGAGUACCUAAAACUCUUGGGUUCUGAUGAGUUGUCACCUGAGCUUGUUAUCUUAAGAGAUCGUAUUUCUCUUUCAACCGAACCUGUAGAAAAAGUUGCCAAGAAUGAAACAUUUGGAAACCAACCUGCAGCAAGCGGGCCUGUAUAUGCGGCUGAUCAAUCUACUUUUGUGGGGGCCUCUCCUCCAUAUUAUCAGGAAACAGUGCCAUCACAUUUGCAAUCAGGUGUUCCUGUAAGUCCUUAUGGCGAGAGCUACCAAGAACCUGUGAAUCCUUCGUAUGGAAGAGGAGGAUAUGGCCCUCCUGCCCCGUAUCAGCCUGCAUCGCAACCCCAGAUGUUUCUUCCUAACCAACCACCUCAGGUUCCACAGGAGAAUUUUUCUGCACCUCCCGUUUCCUCUCAGCCUGCAGUAAGGCCUUUCAUUCCUGCAACUCCUCCUGUGCUAAAAAAUGUGGAGCAAUAUCAGCAGCCAACAUUGGGUUCUCAGCUGUAUCCUACUUUCCAACCUAUGCAACCGGGGCCUGGUUCAACUGCUCCUCUUCAAUCACAAGUCGCUCCAGUUCCUGUAAAUAAGCCACAUGGUGUAGCUCCCUCUGUUCCUCCAAGAGGAUUUAUGCCAGUUCCUAAUCCAGGAGUUGUUCAGGGGCCUCAUGCGGGUUCACUGCAGCCACCUAGUCCUACUCACCAAUCUCCAGCUCGUACUCCUGUGGCAGUAGCAGCUCCACCACCCACCAUACAGACAGUUGAUACAUCCAGUGUUCCUGCCCAUCAAAAAUCAGUAAUUGCAACAUUAACAAGACUUUUCAAUGAGACAUCGGAGGCGCUGGGAGGUGCACGUGCAAAUCCCGGUAAGAAGCGUGAAAUAGAAGACAAUUCGAGGAAGAUAGGUGCAUUGUUUGCCAAACUCAACAGUGGGGACAUAUCUAGAAACGCUGCUGAUAAGCUUGUUCAGCUUUGCCAGGCAUUAGAUAAUGGUGAUUUCGGUACUGCCCUGCAAAUCCAGGUGCUUCUUACCACUAGUGAAUGGGACGAGUGCAACUUUUGGCUUGCAACUCUCAAGAGGAUGAUCAAGACAAGGCAAAAUGUGAGACUAUAAGUUAUGAACGCUGUGAUUACCCAAGUUUCGGAUUGUUUUGUUCCUAGAAAUCUUUCAUGGCCUUAUCUGCACGAAGACAUGACGGUUUGUUUUCAUGCAUUCAAAAAGUGCAUCUCUAGAUUUUGGCCCGGGGAUUUGAUUAGCUUUGGAUUAAUUCUACCUUGGAAGGCAAUUAGUGGGUUUGAAGUUUGAACGCGGUUAGAAAAGAUAGUCGCACAUUAAGGACAUCUUGUUGACUGUUUCAGUUUUAUUUUUGUAGUGCUUAGAAAUAGCAUUGAUUUUUUGUUUUCUUUCGACGUUUUUACAUAAAUUCAUAGUACGUUUACGAAGCUGUUCGAGCUUUUCCUAGUGAUGUGGUAACAUUUUGCCAAUGGCAUGAAAUUGUACCCCCCCACCUUUGUGUUUUUAUUAUAUGAACAGAAAUUAGAAUGACGACUUCAAUUUUGUCGAAAA